ACAUUUCAGUAUGGGAAAGCAAAAGAAAGUAGGUUUGGGUCAGGCCCUCAAAGCAAACAUCAGAAACACCCGCCAUGUCCCAGCCAGUCACCGCCACACCUCCGGAUCCGCCACCAAAGACUUCGCCACCCUCCACUCCUGCACCCAGGAGAACGAUCUAGACUCCUUCCUGCGAACAGCAGACCUCGCCAACACCGACUUUACUGCUGAGAAACUAAACCUGAAAGUGGUGACACUCAGUUACUCAGAAGCUAUACCUCACCCCGAGGAGCAGAUGGCGCGACGCGCUGCGUACAUGAAGCACCGGGAGGAGGUGAGAAUACCCCGGAGACCACCAUGGACCAAGGAGAUGAGCAAAGAAGUGCUGGAGCAGAAUGAGAGGGACGCCUUUAUUAUCUGGAGAAAAGCACUGGCUGUUAUAGAGGAGAACCAACAUAUUAUCCUGACUCCCUUUGAGAAGAAUCUGGAAGUUUGGCGUCAGUUGUGGAGGGUGACAGAGAGGAGUGAUGUGGUUAUACAGAUUGUUGAUGCGAGAGAUCCCCUGUUUUAUUGGUGCACUGAUUUACUGAAGUAUGUCAAGGAGAUUGACGCGAAGAAGGGGAAUAUUCUUCUUGUUAAUAAAUCAGAUUUUUUGUCAGAUUUUCAGAGGACAGUUUGGUCUAAUUAUUUCAAAUCGCAAGGUAUCAAGACGAUAUUUUACUCAGCAAUUAACGAGUUAGAGGAAAUACAGGAUGCUGAAGCUGAGGAAUCAAAUGAAGUUACAGAUGACAUCGACAACAAACUUGACGAUGAGGAAUUGCUUAUUCUCUCAAAUUUUAAUAAGUUUUCUCUCUUAGCAAAACAGUCUGCAGAACCUGAAUCUGAGUCAUCUUUAUCGACACUUUCUGAAAACGAUGAGUCAGAGGCAGCUAAGGAGGAAACGACUGGCACUGAAAUGAACACUGAUAUCUUUAAGGACAUUACCAAUGAAGAGAAUACUCCAGAUAAAAUAGAUGUUGUCAUGUCCGAGACUACUGAGAUAGAACCUGUUGAGUCUGUAGAACGGGAAAACCCCGCUGAAGUUCCUACUGAAUCAAGUAUAUCCACGAUAUUGCAAAUGAUUGAAGACGGUGGAGUCUUAACAAAUUCAGACCUUUUAACAUACCUCGCAAAGUUGGCUGGUGAUCAUCAGCCGGCUGAAGGGUCAGUAGAAUUUACGAUAGGACUAGUUGGUUAUCCUAAUGUUGGCAAGAGUUGUACUCUCAACUCGUUACUGCAGGAAAAACGUGUCCAAGUGUCCAGUACUCCGGGUAAAACGAAGCACUUCCAAACGUUUAAAAUGAAACUGGACGGACAUGACGUGAUGCUUUGUGAUUGCCCUGGACUUGUAUUUCCUAACAUAGCCGCCAGUCAAAGCGAAAUGUUCUGCAAUGGUAUAUUACCAAUCGAUCACAUGAGAGAUUCUGUCGGACCGAUAUCCCAUCUCAUCGAUAAAAUUCCUCGCAUAGUUUUGGAGUCUAUAUAUGGAAUGAAGUUGCCGGUUCCUGAUGUUGAGUUAGAAGGAGCUCGUUUACCGUAUGCUCAUGAAGUUUUAAGAGAGUAUGGCUCACUGAGAGGCUUCAUGACAACCCACGGUACACCCGAUGAGAGCAGGGCUGCUAGGAUCCUUCUUAAGGACUAUGUUAACGGUAAACUGCUAAAUGUCAAACCUCCACCAGAUUAUGAAGGGCCUGAGUUCAAUCCUAUCUGUGAGAGUUACAUGUCCAGAAUCAUAUCUUCUGCUGCUAAAGUAAAGAAAACUACUGUGACAAUCGCCAAGGAAAGCUGUGAGACCAAUUUUUUCAAGCCGAGGGAAGUGAAAAUGAUAGUAAAUGGGAGGACUCCAGGUCAGUAUCAGAAAGAAGGAGCAGUGGGUCCUAAACCCUGGAAAAAACAUUAUAAGGGUAACAGCAAGGUGAAAACCAGAAUAACAUCUAAUGAUCUCAAUUACUGAGUAUAUUUUGUUGUCUGACGGUGGAAUGAUCGCGGAGUGGUGAUCCGUCUGUUCUUUUAACGGUUUUAAUGUUUUUAGUGGUGUAGAUUUUGUGACUAAACUGUGCGUUGAAGCAAAAUAAUUUAACUUAUUGACAUCAUA